AGAACGCGGUAAAAGGAUUUUCCGGUAGACACAGCAGCAUGGCAUCAGACGGCAACAUGGCUAACGUUAACGGGCGAGACACCUCCUCCUCUACCGCCACCCUGAACGGGGAGCCGGUCGUCAAGCGGCCACGGGAGAGCCCGUCGCGGGAGAAUCUUCUCCGUGUCCCGAAGGAGCCGAAGAACAAAGUGACCGUUGUGCUCGGAGCCCAGUGGGGCGACGAGGGCAAGGGGAAAGUUGUUGACUUGCUCGCUAUGGAUGCGGAUAUCGUAUGCAGGUGUCAGGGAGGCAACAACGCAGGUCACACCGUGGUGGUGGACUCGGUGGAGUACGACUUCCACCUGCUGCCCAGCGGAGUGCUCAACAAGAAGGCCGUCUCCUUCAUUGGCAACGGGGUGGUGGUACACCUGCCCGGUCUGUUUGGCGAGGCUGAAAAGAACCUGCAGAAAGGCAAAGGAUUACAGGGAUGGCAGGAGAGAUUAAAGAUUUCUGAUCGCGCGCACAUCGUGUUCAACUUCCAUCAAGCCGUUGACGGCAUCCAAGAGCAGCAGCGGCAGCAACAAGAAGGGAAAAAUUUGGGAACCACAAAGAAGGGCAUCGGACCUGCCUACUCCUCCAAAGCUGCUCGUAACGGUCUGCGAGUCUGUGACCUCAUUGCAGAUUUCAACGUUUUUAAGGACAAAUUUCGUAUGUUGGCAGAACAUUUCCAGACGAUGUAUCCAAACCUCAACGUCGACAUUGACGGAGAGCUGGAGCAGCUCAAGAAAGACGCAGAGAGACUGCGUCCUCUGGUGACCGACGGCGUGUACUUCAUGCACGAAGCUCUUAAUGGACCCAGUAAGAAAAUCCUGGUGGAGGGAGCCAACGCUGCUCUCCUGGAUAUCGACUUCGGGACGUAUCCUUUCGUGACGUCUUCCAACUGCACCGUGGGAGGAGUGUGCACCGGCCUCGGCGUGCCUCCGUCAUACGUCGGCCGAGUGUACGGCGUCGUCAAAGCUUACACCACCCGGGUGGGCGUCGGCGCUUUCCCAACAGAGCAGGAUAAUGAGAUCGGGGAUCUGUUACAGUCCCGAGGGAGAGAGUUUGGCGUGACGACGGGCAGGAGGAGGCGUUGUGGUUGGCUGGACCUGAUUCUGGUCAGAUACGCCCACAUGGUCAACGGCUUCUCCGCAAUUGCCUUGACGAAGCUCGAUAUUUUGGACACGCUGACAGAGAUUAAAGUGGGCGUGGCCUAUACGGUCGAUGGAAAGCCUCUACCAAGUUUCCCCGCGAACAUGGACGUCUUGAUGCGGGUGUCAGUGGAGUACAAGACAUUGCCCGGCUGGCGCUGCAGCACCGAGGCGGCUCGGAGCUUCGAGGAGCUGCCGGCAAAGGCCCAAGAUUACAUUCGGUUCAUCGAGGACUUCCUGGAAGUGCCAGUGAAGUGGGUCGGAGUCGGCAAAUCCCGGGAGAGCAUGGUCAAACUGUACUGAUCUAUCUGCGGUCAUUCCUCAAACAACAACAACAACAACAGCUCAGUUAAUAACUUCAGGUUUCGAUGGUUACCAGACGGAUUCAAAAUGCAAACUUAUCCUAAAGGAAAUACUUCACCAGCAAGGCUAUUUGUGAACCUUUUAGUUGCUGCUUGUGCAUCAUAUUUACAGUAAUUCAUCUAUCAGAUAUAAUUUAUGCAUUCCACAUGAUGUUUUCUAUUUAUUAGGGCGUUCAUUUUUAAAAUUCUGCUGCAAAUGGACCGCUCAUCCUUUAAUCCAUUCCACCACAAAUCACAGUUUAUUUUUUAACAUUUGAGGCUAACUGUUAAUGAAUCUGUUCAUUGUGUUUGUUUUUUACAUAUAUCUGAAGAGCCAUUGAUGAACAGACGUAGACGCCUUCAUAUCAAAGGGCGGCAGAUUAUUUUCAGGCUUGUGAGUAAGAAGAAGAAAAAUGAUUGAAAGCCAUUAAGCAAUCAGUACGGUUGUGAACUUUUCUAUCAAACGAUUUUAAAACACAUGGAUGCAUCUCAUUUUGUCAAGUUUGUAACUAUUUUCAUGAUCGUUGGACCUACAUUUUUAAAUCACCUUCAACACGGAUAGAUCGACACUAAGCAACUCGAGUUCGAGCAGAUGUUUUCUCUUCAUAACGAUUUAAACCGACGACUUGAUAUUUGGGAGGUUUGUGUGUGUGUGUACAGGUAAAUGUAAAGACCAAUAGGAAAUAAUCUUUUAUCUCACUUUGUGAUGUUCCUACACCACUUCAUCCAUUUUGUCAACAAAGACUUACUCAGCUUGCGGUUACCAAUAAAAGGAAACAUUUACUGUU